AUAGUCAUAGGACUGCCCUUGUUAUAUGCAGAGGAGGCAACCAAGGAAGGCCCCAUCAUUUGUCUGACCUGCCCACUUUCUUGCAAUAUGGCUGGUGCAGGAAUUUGGGGGUUGAGACAUAAGUGGCUUUCAGGGUUUCCUGGGUCUUCCUGUUAGCAAUGGCAAGUGGCAACAAAUCCCUAAGCAACUUCAGUAGCAUUGGCUUAACCAUGAACACCAUCAACAACAACAACAACAUGCAUCAAGAAUCCUUCGUUUUAGCCAAGGGAGAUCCUGCCCUCAUUAUUCCGGUCACUAUGGAGGUGCCAUGUGACAGUCGGGGACAGCGUAUGUGGUGGGCAUUCCUGGCCUCUUCCAUGGUGACAUUUUUCGGGGGCCUUUUUAUUAUCUUGGUGUGGAGGACCCUUAAAUACCUUUGGACAGUCUGCUGCCACUGUGGGGGCAAGAAUAAGGAGGUACAGAAAGUUGUAAAUGUGGUCACCACUACAGUAACUGAUGGGGAAUACAAACCAACUGAUGAAAAGGAUGCAAUUGCAAUUGUUGAGGUGGGCUGGAUGACAUCUGUAAAAGACUGGGCUGGUGUGAUGAUCUCAGCUCAGACCUUAACAGGUCGAGUGCUGGUAGUGACGGUUUUUGCUCUGAGCAUUGGAGCCCUGGUCAUAUACUUCAUUGAUUCAUCCAACCCUAUUGAAACAUGCCAAAACUUCUACAAAGACUUUACACUUCAGAUAGACAUGGCCUUCAACAUUUUCUUCCUCCUUUACUUCGGUCUACGGUUUAUUGCUGCCAAUGACAAACUGUGGUUCUGGCUGGAGGUGAACUCUGUGGUGGAUUUCUUUACAGUGCCUCCCGUAUUUGUGUCGGUUUAUUUAAACAGGAGCUGGCUGGGCUUGAGGUUUCUACGAGCUUUGCGGCUUAUUCAGUUUUCUGAAAUUCUGCAAUUUUUAAACAUUUUAAAAACAAGUAAUUCCAUUAAGCUGGUAAAUCUUUGCUCCAUUUUUAUCAGUACUUGGCUAACAGCUGCAGGUUUUAUUCAUUUGGUGGAAAACUCUGGGGACCCAUGGGACGAUUUUCGAAACUCGCAGAGCAUUUCCUAUUGGGAAUGUGUCUACUUGCUAAUGGUUACCAUGUCAACUGUGGGAUAUGGUGAUGUUUAUGCAAAAACGACCCUUGGCCGUCUCUUCAUGGUCUUCUUCAUUCUUGGUGGUUUGGCCAUGUUUGCCAGCUACGUCCCUGAAAUCAUAGAGUUAAUAGGAAACCGAAAGAAAUAUGGUGGUUCUUAUAGUGCAGUUAGUGGACGGAAGCAUAUAGUGGUCUGUGGUCAUAUCACUUUAGAGAGUGUGUCCAACUUUUUGAAGGAUUUCCUACACAAGGACCGGGAUGAUGUCAACGUGGAAAUUGUAUUCCUGCACAACAUAUCUCCAAAUUUGGAGCUAGAAGCUCUCUUCAAGAGGCACUUUACUCAGGUAGAAUUUUACCAGGGAUCUGUUCUGAAUCCUCAUGACCUCGCAAGAGUAAAGAUUGAAUCAGCAGAUGCCUGUCUGAUCCUAGCCAACAAGUACUGUGCUGACCCUGAUGCUGAAGAUGCAUCAAACAUAAUGAGAGUCAUCUCAAUAAAAAAUUAUCAUCCAAAGAUCCGGAUUAUCACACAGAUGCUGCAGUAUCACAACAAGGCUCAUCUACUAAACAUCCCUAGCUGGAAUUGGAAAGAAGGAGAUGAUGCCAUUUGUCUGGCUGAGCUGAAGCUGGGCUUCAUUGCUCAAAGCUGUCUGGCACAGGGCCUAUCCACUAUGCUUGCAAACCUCUUCUCUAUGCGUUCUUUCAUAAAG